AGAUUUAAUGAUUUUAGUUAUUUAUGAAUAGUGCUUUACGUCACUGAUUCGAAAUAUAUACAUCAAUUUUAUGGUUUUUAGUUCUGUCAUUGGUUCUUUGGUUAUAAAUGCCUUUUUAAAUGUCUCUCUUUAAAUACGUUUCUUUUUCUCGUGAAUGACUGUCGCGAUGUAGCACGCCCAAGUGUCUAUUUUGAAUUUACUACACCGUUGUAGUCGUAUAGAUGACUAUACUGCCGUCGGUCGAUAAACAGCGAAACGCGGAACUGAAAAGUACUGAGUUAAAGGAAUGUGGACCGCUUGUAUCUUAAUACAGUAAUGCAGUAGUUCGAGAAUAAUAUAUUUGGUCUUAAUCUAGUUGAUCACAACAUCACUCGGUUUAUCAUGUUCGAGUAUUGUUGAAUACGCAUUGUGUAUUUCACACUUUUCUAAUGAACUUCCUUGAAUGUAUCGUCGAAGACAUCAAAGUGCAAGGGAACUGGUACGAAGGACGAAAGUGUGAAAGCGUACGCUCACUGCUACUUACUCGAAGAAACAUAUCUUUUGGCUAUUCUUAAUGCGUUCGGAAUAUUCGAUUUGAUUAUAUUGUUGAUGAAACGUUCGUUUGUUUAAUUAACCAACCAAGGAAUAUUCUGGACUCGAGUAAUUGACGAAUACAGUGUAACUGUAACGUUUGUACGAGGAAUUUUACGAUAAAUAGAAAAAGAAACACCACAAGACUGUUGAGAUAGUAACGGAAGUUUUUUUUACUGCAAAAACAUGUGAAUUCGUAUGUCACUUAUUAUUAUGACAAAUUUUAAGUUUUGGAAAGUCGAUGUAUGAUCCUCGUGUUCAAAUUAUAGGAUCGAGUGUGAAUAGUAACUUCCAACUGACAAACCAACACGAUAGUAAAAAUAUUCGAUGAUAUUAAAACGCGUGACUUCGAAAUUUCACAAAUUCCCUCUUCUUCAUUAUGUAUCAAUAAUUCCUUUUUCAUACGAGUUUUAAAAUUUUCUUGAAAAACUUGCCAUUCUUUGGAUUUUACAUCGGCUAUGGUUGUAGCCAGUGGUGAGUGGGUACAAAAUGCCAGUUUUCCUGCCAGUCAGAAUUCCAACUUGAAAAUAAACUCUAUGCAAAACAACAAAAUGACAGCCAAAGGAAUUUUAAUUUGCCGUGAUAAUUCUCAUCCUUUUGAAGAACGUACAUUGACACUGGAGCAACCUGUUAAAAUUGGUCGCUCUGUGGCAAGAGCCAGAGCUACACCAAACAAUGCCAUUUUUGAUUGUAAAGUAUUAUCCAGAAACCAUGCACUGCUAUGGUAUUCAGGUGGAAAGUUUUUUUUACAAGACACACGUAGCAGUAAUGGUACAUUUGUUAAUAAUCAAAGACUCAGUGCAGCUAGUUUAGAAUCAGCACCUAAAGAAGUAUGUUCCGGUGACAUAGUGCAAUUUGGAGUAGAUGUGAUAGAAAGUACAAAAAAAGUUAGACAUGGAUGUAUAGUUGCAACGUUAAAAUUAUAUUUGCCAGAUGGAAAAGAAGCUAAAGCUAGUCUUAGUACAUCGGUUGCAUCUCCACUCAAUAAUGUUUCAUUGGAAGAUGUGUACAAGCUGAAUCAAGUCAUGCAAGAAGCCUCAAGACGCGAGAAAGCACUUUAUUCUAAGUUAGUACAUCUUCAACAACUUGUAGCAAAUACUCGAAAGGCUGCUAAUCAAUCUUGGAAAGCAUUGAUAACAGAGGAUCGGUUAUUAUCUUGGGUGGAGAGUAUGGAAAAUCAACUGGCUGUUUAUUCUAAAAAUUAUACAGAAGAUAAAAUUAGAAAUGAAUUGGUAUUGCUUCAGGAAGAAAAAGUACAUUACCAAAAUGCAGCAAAAGAGGCAUUACAGAAAGUAUUACAAGAAAAAUUAGAGGUAACUCAGAGAUUAGUCCAAUUAGAAGCACGUUUAAAUGAAACAGAAGAAGAAUGUCAAAGCCUUCAUAAUGUAGCAAAAUAUACUCAAACAGAGUUUCAGGAGUUAUGUAGCAAAUAUACGGAAGCACAAAAAAAAUUACAAGAAACUACAAAUAAACUAAAAGAAAGUGAAGAAAAAAUACAGGAUAUAGUACAAAGCACAGAACAAGAAAAGCAAGAAUUUUUAAAGAGACUCGAAGAUCAAUCUAGAAUUGAGAAAAAUUUGCAGGCAAGAUUACGUGAUUCUCGAUUAGAUUCUGUGAAUAUCUAUAAGCAGAUCACUGCCCUCAGAAAUUACAUGCAAAUUUUGCAGGACAUGAAUUCAAAAUUAGUAACAACUGGCAUAGUAGAUGCAAAGGAUGAAGAAAAUCCUAUAGAAGCCAUCAAUAUUAUUCUUAAUAAGUUAAAUUCCAUUCAUGUUGACAAUGUAGACAUUGAUUUAGAGACAAAAAUGGACUUUUAUUCUGUGAAAGAUGAACAAGAUAAUCAAAUUAAUUCACAAGAUAUUGAUUCAAAUCAGCUGAACAAUUCUGAUGAUUCUUUUUCAAAAGAACAGUUAGAUGAUUCAUUGGUUAAUAAUGAUAAUUCAAUGGAAUAUAUUUUACCACCACCAUCUCGAAAAACUUUAGUUAAUGGAAAUGUAAAUAUAAAUAAUACAGAUAUGAAUUCAGAAUCUGAUGCUAAUUCAGAUGCAACAGAUGAUACGUGCAGUAUUACCAGUGAUGAUACAAGUGAGAAAUCUGUUAUAGAAGUUAAAAAAGAAGAACCUGUGUAUAAAGUAGCAGAAGAAAUUUUUGUACCUUAUAAAAUGGAAGUUAGAUUUAUGUGCGAAGAAAAUGUUAAACAGCUGGAAAUUUCUCAUUUACCUCAAACUGUACAGAAAUUAAAGGGAAACGAAGAAACAGAAAUGAAUGUUGGCAACAUGAGCAAUAUUAACAUCACUUCAAAUGAGCCUGUCUCUAUAGAAAUUGAUCAGCUUGAAAAGAAAGAUGAAACAGAUAAAGAUAGCAGUGAAUUAGAUGAAGAAUAUGAAGAAGAACAUUUAGAUGGAGAUUAUGUCAAAACUCUAAAACCAUUAUCUAAGAAUGAUACCACACAGCAAGGUGUACAUACCAGAGAAUAUUUACUGCAAACUUUGAUAGGAUCUCUAGAUUCGCUAAAAGUUGAAGACAAUUUAGAAUCGCAGCAAAACAUCAAGAAAGAGUUAGAAAGCCUAAAGGACUGGUUAAUUUGUGAAUCUCACGAAGAAAUUGUUGAGAAGCUAAAACAACUGUAUUAUCGUGCCAAGAACGAAGCUCAAAGAAUUCAAGAGCUCCACGAAGAAUUGGUUAUUUUAAAAGAAAAGUACAAUGCAUUUGUUGAAGAAAAAGCAGAGCUCUUGAAAAAAUAUACAUCUGUUAAAGCACAAUGCGGUGAUUUGUUAAAUACAACUUAUACUAUACCGAUACAUUAUGUGGCACCUAUUGCAAUUAUAUUAAUAUGGAUGUUGCUUGAAAAAAUAUUUUAAUGUCUUUCUUUUUGUUUUUUGUAUAUAACUUUAACAUUGAUUAAUAUUAAAGUUUCCUUUCUUUUUCCUUUUAUUUUCGUAAUUUUUUUGUAUCGUUUGCUAAAUACUUCGAGAAUACAGAAUAUAACAAAUUGGGUAGCGUGUAGGUUCAACAAAAAAGUCUUGAACAUUUUUAUACCAACAAAAAUAUUAAGAAUUGUAUAUAUUUUUCCGAUAUUGUUGUUGAAGCACCAAUCUCAAAAACCUGCUCUGAUAAAUGACAAGAAUAAUGCAAACGUAUACUAUGUUACCGUUUAAAAACAAGGAACCAAAAUCAAAUUAAGCAGAGAAUUGUAGCAAUAAAUAUGUACAUAGAACAAAAUUCUAGGCUAGGAGAAAAUGUAUUAGAAAAAAUAUAGACAAUACCAUGUAAAAUGUUCAACAUGCUGCCAAUCUCGAUAUCAUAUCUUGAAUAAAAUGGUAUUAAUCUCUAUUUACAGAUAUUA